UUGGCUAUUGUAAACACAAACGCAUGUUGAUGACCGACGAUUUGAUCUUGACCCAGUUGUCUUUAGUUUAGUUAGUCACGUGCCUAGGCUAUCCCUGAUCUAAACACAUUAUUCAUUGGUCCUUGUCUUUUACAUGGUCAGAGGAGUACAAACAAUAACAAGAGACAAGCAGAGCAGUUUCGUUUAGCAAACUUGCCCUGUGCGCGAACAUCGCCCAUCUCUUCCUGCUUGCCUUUGAUGUUGAGGGUGUGUGAGUAAGUAACUAUGUUGUUAUGAAUGAUUGAAAGUAAAAGAACAACACGACAGACAGUUUUGAUAUACCGAAAAGUACGUUAAGAACUGAAUUCCCAGCACCAUGGGUAAAACAACCGGUUGUUUCACUUGCAUCUUAGUGGUCGGAGUGGUGUUAGCUGUCCUUGGUGCCGUCAUGUUUCCAGUUGUCAAAUAUUUGAUACACUCGGAAGUUGUGCAGCAAACAAUGUUGGAGAAUGGUACAAUGGGAUACGGUUUGUGGCAAGACCCACCGGCUGAUGUUUCAAUGCAAUUCUGGGUCUGGAACCUGACUAAUCCUGCCGAGGUCAAAAAAGGAAAGAAACCCUUUCUUGUACAAAGAGGGCCCUACACAUACAGGGAAAGCAUGCCAAAGCAGAACAUCACGCCCAACAACAAUGGAACAGUGUCUUAUGUCACCGAGAAAUCUUACGUGCUGGAUCUGAAUAAUUCUAUAGGGGACCCUCAUAAAGACCGCUUCACUACGAUUAACAUACCAUUGAUGACUUUUGCUCACAAGAUUACAGUCAUGGACCUCCCUGCCUUUUUGAAGCCCCUACUUUUGGAUCUUCUUCGGAUUGAGGACGCCUUCCCAAGUCACACCGUUCAUGAAAUGAUCUGGGGUUAUCCCGAUGAGUUAGUAAAACUGGCUUAUGAAAAUGGUCUCGCACCAUUUCCUGAAUUUGGAGUCUUUGUAAAUCGUAAUAACUCCAAUGAUGGUCUAUUCAAUGUGUAUUCUGGUGUGAAUCAAGAGAACACUGACAAGAUCAACCAUAUCAGUCGCUGGAAGGGCCAAUCAGAAUUAAGCUUCUGGAGCACCGCGGAGUCAAACAUGAUCAAUGGAACAGAUGGAUCUUACAACCAGCCCUUUUUCGACAAAAAGAAACCCCUUUAUGUGUUUUCAUCUGAUAUUUGCAGGUCAAUCAUUGCCGUUUAUGAGAAAGAAACUUCAGUACGAGACAUGCCAACAUGGAGGUACGUAGGCCCUCCGGAGGCCUUCGCAAAUGCCACUGCGUAUCCCCCUAAUGUAGGUUUCUGCACCCCUAACGCCAGCUACUGUCUGCCAAGUGGCCUUCUCAAUGUCAGCAAUUGUCAGUUUGGUGCCCCUAUCGUGAUGUCUUUGCCUCAUUUUCUUUACUGCGACCCUAAGGAGGUCAUUGAUUUGGUGAUCGGGCUCACACCAAACAAGGAAGAACAUCAGACAUUCUUUGAUGUGGAACCAAUGACAGGUGGUCCAUUGAAUGUAGCUAAGAGAUUACAGAUUAAUGUAGUCAUUCAACCAUAUGAAAACAUACCUGAUAUCAGCAAGGUGGCGAAAUUCUUCUUGCCAAUUAUCUGGUUGAACGAGAGUGCUCAUAUAACAGUUGAUGGUGCGGAUGAGCUCAAGACUAAUGUAGAGACACCCAUUCUACUGACAACGAUUGGAAAGUGGAGCGUUUUGGGUUUUGGCAGUCUCCUGGUCAUCCUGUCCAUCAUAGUACUCACUGCAUUAUGGAUACGGAAGCCACAGGACAGUCAGGUGGAUAACUCUAUCAAUGAUGGUGAUAUAUCAACAGCUACCCCGAAUGGCAAUCCAACAAGUGAUAGGUCUCAAUUGAUCCGCUGAGACAAGAUGGAAGGUUUUUCAUGGUUAUUUUCUAUAAUAGUUAGCAUUUAUUUUCUGUGGAUGGUACAA